GUGAUCAUGAGGAUAAUUGUUGUGAUAUUUGUGUCGUUAAUAUUAUACAGUUGCUGUUAUGGUUUCUCCGCGAUCAAAAGAAAUAAACCAAUUAGAGAUGAAAGACUUAUGCAUUCAUUAAAAUCAUCCAGCUUAAAAGUGAAACGUGAUCUUAAGGAACAAACUCAGAAACAAGAAACACUUGCGUCAUUUUGGAGAAAUGAAGCACUGAAGAAAUUAAAAACACAACUUAAUAAGAAAAUUAAUACAAAUAUUGCUAAAAAUGUAAUUAUAUUUUUGGGAGAUGGAAUGUCACUAAGUACAAUUACUGCUAGUAGAAUUUAUGCAGGCCAAAGACUGAAGAAAUCUGGUGAAGAAUAUUCAUUAUCGUUUGAAAACUUCCCGUAUACAGCACUUUCAAAAACUUAUUGUGUAGAUAAGCAGACAGCAGAUAGUGCAUGUAGCGCCACAGCCUACUUAACAGGUGUUAAAACUAAUUAUGGAACUAUAGGCGUAACUGCAAAAGUGAAUAAAAAUGACUGUCAAGCUUCUUUAGAUAAAGAAAAUCGUUUAACAUCUAUAAUGCAAUGGGCACAAAAGGCUGGCAAAUCAACAGGAAUUGUGACUACAACGAGAGUCACUCAUGCAUCACCAGCUGGAACUUAUGCAAAAACCGCAAAUCGCGAUUGGGAAAGUGACUUUGAUAUGAAUAAUUUCACAGACACCAAAGAAUGUUCAGAUAUUGCAAAACAGCUAGUCACCGAAUGUCCUGGAAAUAAACUUAAUGUUAUUUUUGGUGGUGGACGAAGGAAAUUUCUGUCAGAGAAUAUAAUUGAGAAUGAUGCACGAGGUGAAAGACUUGAUGGACGUGAUUUAAUAGACGAAUGGCUACAACACCAAAAAUCCCCAACUGCACAUUAUGUAAGCAACCGAACAGAAUUGCUGGCAUUGGAUUAUUCUAAAAUUGAUCAUAUCAUGGGCUUAUUUGCUGAUUCACAUCUAGAAUAUAAUUUAAAUAAUGAUAAUGAUGAACCAAGUUUAAAAGAAAUGACAUUAGCUGCCAUUGAGAUAUUAAAGAAGAAUGAUAAAGGUUUUGUGCUGUUUGUAGAAGGAGGUAAAAUUGAUCUCGCGCAUCAUGAUAACAUGGCGCAUCUAGCAUUAGAUGAAACAGCAGAAUUCGAUAAAGCAAUUCAAAGUGCUGUGAAAAUAACAGACGAAAAAGAUACUUUAAUAGUCGUUACUGCUGAUCAUUCGCAUACAAUGACAUUGUCUGGUUAUUCACAUCGAGGUAGAGACAUUUUAGGAUUCAAUACGGAAAUUUCCGACAUGGAUUCAAUGCCGUACUUAACAUUGUCGUAUGCAAAUGGACCUUCCGCUGAAAAGAAACGACAAGUGAACGAGGAAGACAUGAAAAAUGUCGGUUAUCAGUAUCCAUCGCUUAUUCCAAUGCUUUAUGAAACACAUGGAGGUGAUGAUGUUCCUAUAUAUGCUCGAGGGCCAUACUCUCAUUUAUUCGAGGGCGUACUUGAACAGAAUACGAUUCCGCAUUUUAUUGCGUACGCCUCAUGCAUUAGUAAUGGAGCAACAGCAUGUGAUUAAAAAACAAUAGGAAGUAUGCAAUCGAUGAAAUUAAAAUUUACACAUUUUCUCAUGCACACUGUCCGAUUUGUUGCUUGCUUUUUGGUUUAAAC